AAAGCAAAGAGUCAUAAAUAAAAGAAAUGAAGGAGACUAAGGUACUGGAGGAUGGCGGUGUAUCUGAGCUGCCGGAAUCGCUGCUGAAGAUUGCCAAACGGGAGCUGCGCGAGGACAAGUGCACGCGGGAUCAGAGCCUAGAACAGUUGCGCAAUUGGGUUUUGAAGAACGAGGAUCUGCAGAAUGUGCGCUGUGAUGAUACGUUCCUGUUGCGCUUUCUGCGUGCCAAAAAGUUCAGUGUGCCGAUGGCGGAACAGACGAUGCUCAAGUAUCUGAAUAUAAGACGCACCUUCCCGCACAUGGCCACGAAGCUGGACUUUCUGGAGCCGCGUCUGAGCGAUGUCAUCGAACAGGGAUACAUAUUUGCGGGACCGAAGAGGGAUAAGAACGGCAGACGUGUGGUGAUCAUCAAUGCCAAAGGCUUGAAUCCAAAGUUGCACACCAGCUGCGAUCAGGCGAAAGCUCACUUUCUCACCUACGAGUGCCUGAUGGAGGAUCAGGAGACACAAAUCACAGGUCUCAGUCAUGUGGGUGACUUUGCCGGUGUGACCACCUCGCAUGUGACCAACUGGAAUCCCACAGAGUUCGCACGCGUCUUCAAAUGGGGCGAACAAUCGCUGCCCAUGCGCCACAAGGAGAUUCAUCUGAUCAAUGUGCCUUCCACAUUGAAAUGGCUGAUUGACUUUGUCAAGAAUCGCGUCAGUUCCAAGAUGAAAAACCGCAUCAUCAUCUACGGCAGCGAGAAGGAGCUGAUGAAGGGCGUCGAUGCCGAGUGUCUGCCCCAAGAGAUGGGUGGCUCCAUGCCCAUGCGUCAGAUGAUCGAGCUCUGGAAACAGGAGCUGGCUGCCAAACGGGACUUGGUGCUGUCGCUGGAUCAGAGUACAUUGCUCUCGGAUCGUGGUAUUCAACGACGUAGUAGCUACAAUUCCGAGAAGACCAGCACGGGCACAAAUUUCGUCUCACAGAUCGAGUCGAUCGAGGGCAGUUUUCGGAAACUGGAGUUCGAUUAGGCCGUAGAUCGGGCAUGGGAGAUCAUCUUCAUCCAGCAUUAGCUGUAGACAUUAAGCUAUAGUCUUAGGCGUUAUCCUUAACUUUGUAACGGCACACGCAGCGCAAUGCUUUGCUAGCUCAUCUGCCCGAAUUCGGAUUGGGAUCGGAGUCGGAAUCGGGAUUGGGAGCUGGAGACUCGCUUCGCUUUACGGUGGCACCCCGCUUUAAUAAUCCUGCGCUUAUUUUGUAAAAUACUUAUUUUGUUCGUGGCGUACAAUAAAAAUCGAGAGGAACUAAUUGCAAUUAG